UUUUAAAUUGUAGAUUAACUUUUUGAAGACUGAAAUGGAAAGGAAGAGCAAAAUGAUCCGUGACCUCCAAAAUGAGAACAAAAGCCUCAAAACCAAGCUCCUGUCAGGAAACAAGCUUUGUGGUAUUCAUGCAGAAGAGUCCAAAAAGAUCCAAGCCCAGCUGAAAGAGCUUCGUUAUGGGAAAAAGGAUUUGAUUUUUAAGGCACAGCAGCUAACGGAUCUGGAGCAAAAACUAGCAGUUGCAAAAGAUGAAUUGGAAAAGGCAGCCCUUGACAAAGAGUCACAGCUGAAAGCUCUGAAGGAGACGGUGCAGCUUUGCCUGUCUUCCGUUCUGCACAAUCAGCCUCCCGCUACGAAGCUAAUCCCUUCAAAACCAGCUGAGAAGCUGACAUCCCCGCUUACAAAGGGCUCAAAAGUUGCAUUUCAAGUGACAAGCACCAAGCAAAAUGCCUCAGCAGAGAAAGAGAAUUUUCACGUGGCCUCGAGAAAGGAAGAAAACCAGAGCAUCCAGGAGUGCGAUUCUCAAGAUGUUGGCAAGACAUGUUUGGGGAAUCGCAAUAAUUCGACAUCUCGUUUGAAGACAGCAGAAACAGAGACAAGCUUUCAGAAGUUGCACAACCCUCCGUGGACUAAGCCUGAAGAUAAAAAAUCACCUGAAAGAAAUGAGAAAAAAAUUGAAGAGUCUGUUAAUGCAAAAGAAAAAAAACUCUAAGCACUACUAAUAUACAUUAAAAUUAUCCAUCCCUUGCUUCCAUCUUCAUAUUCCUUUUAGUCCAGAGGCAUGAAAUGUACCAGGUUUCUAAAGCAUGCAUUUUUCACUAUUUUAUGAAUGUUUGUAAAUUAGUCUAGAAUAGACCAAUUAGUACCUUUCAGCAAUAAUCCAAAAUGGAUGUUUGAAGAAAUGCUUUGUAAUACAGUCUGGUUUUUGAAGUAUCGUUCUACCUGAUCAGUAACUGCAUACUAUAAAUUAUUUUCUUUGUAACAGCCAUUCUCAAAUAUUUUCUCAGUCUGUUCUAUUUCAUGUGCCUUUAUGGCAGAUUAGGUUUUAAAUCAAGUUAAGAAUUAUGGGACAGUUAAUGUGGGGAAAAAAACAUCUGUGUAAUCAUAGUUGAAGUACAACACAACACAUAAACUGUUGUAAAAACAGAACAGUGGGGGUCCAUGUCCAUUACCUUUCAGUAAUACCAUUUCAAAUCUGCUUACUUAAACAAUAAAAGAUGUUUGGUUGGUUGGUUUUUUUCUAA